AUGAGAUAUCUUUUAUUUGUUUCAAUUUGUGCUUUAGCCUUUUCAGGACCUAUUCUGUUUCAAGAUUCAGACCUUGUUGCCCCACAAGAAAUGAUUGACGAAAUUAAUAGAGUUCAAGACUCAUGGACUGCUUCUUCUGACUGGGUUGGCAAUAUGACAGUUGCUGAAGCCAAGCAGAGAGUAGCUCCAACAAUAGGGUCUCAAAAAUUUUUAAAAAAAAAUUGAGGUGCACUAUUAGAUAACCUCUCAGUUCCAGCAUCUUUUGACGCAAGGCAACAAUGGCCAAAUUGCAUUCAUCCAAUUCAAAAUGAUGGCAAUUGUCAUGCUGGCUGGGCGUUUGCAGCUGCUGAUACUCUUUCAGACAGAUUUUGCAUUGCUUCAAACGGUACCGUAAAUGUUGUGCUAUCGGCAGCAGAAAUUGUACUUUGCAGUCUAGAAAAACCUUCAUGCAUUGGAGGAACAACUGAUGUAGCUUGGACUUUUAUACAGCAAUAUGGAACAAAUUCAGAAAGAUGCACGCCACAAAGCUUGAUAGCUACAAGUAAAGUAUGCCCUACUGUAUGCCACCCCAUUGACAUUAUUAUCUAUUAUAAAGUCAAAAAAAUUUACACAUUCCAAGGCCAACCAGAAAUUCAAGCUGGAAUUUUAUCAGGAGGGCCUGUUGAAGUUAAUAUGGAAGUUUAUCAAGAUUUUUUGACUUAUAAAGGAGGUGUUUAUAAGCACACGACGGGGAAUCUUGUAGGAUACACUUCUGUUAAAGUGAUUGGAUGGGGUAAUCAGAACGGAACAAACUACUGAAUAGCAGCAAACGCUUGGGGAACUAGUUGGGGUCUGCAAGGAUAUUUUUGGAUUGCUUUCGGUCAGUGCAAUUUUGACGUAGAAGCUAUAGCUGGAAAACCUGAUUAUAAAGCUCAAUAA